UCAGCAAUUUUUGGACAGACUGGAAUGUUUAUCCCUUAAUAAAGAGAGAGACAAUAGAGAGACUCUGUUCUCAGUGUUGUUGACGCGGGACGGUGGGUAGGUGGGGCGGAGAGCCAUCCAAAUAUCAGCACCUCUCCUCCUCCUCCUCACUUUCAAACUAUAUGUUGCCGGUCAUCAACAAUACAACACUCAGAAACGAGCUGGAAGUAAUCAGUUGCUAAGUGAAAGCUCUCUGCCUGAAUUUACAAAUACAGAUUACCUGUUUAAAAUCCAGAGUUCCUUCAUUUAAGUAUCAUGACUGGAACAGCAGUGGUUCUGAUGAGCCUUGUCCUCAUCCUCUCUGUGGGUGCAGAGGAUAAAUCAAGACUCUACCGCAGGCCUGCAUGUGGAGGUUUGAGCGUCAAUCAAGCAUGCCCUCUCAACUACUCUCCCGUAUGUGGUAAUGAUGGCAUCACAUACGUCAAUGAAUGCACCCUGUGUGUGCAGAGAAUGCACACUAAUGCAGACAUUUUGAUUGUGAAAGACGGCCGCUGCUGAGGUGGAGGACCUUAUGAUUUCAUCACUUCACUUUUCAUAUCUAUGUUUGUUUAAGAGUGUUGUUUGCUAUGCUCAUCCAGAGGAUGUGAUCAGUAUACCUAUAAACAGUAGAUGUGUGAACACCUACCACAUGUUAAAAGGAAAAAUAUUAAAAGCAAGUACUAAUGUGUCGGUUUUAUCACAACCGAGUGACUUUGAAUGAAUAGUGCUUUGAUUUUCUACUAAGUCAGUUGGUUUCAUGAUACUGUCCCGUCUUUCUUUAACAUUUCUUUCUAUAAUAUAAAUUUCUUCCUUUAUUUCUGUAGGAACUGCUCUGAGUGCAAUGUUUUAGGAGUGAAGUUUUGGAGUUACAGCUUAUUUUUCUAAAUAUGUUUUUUUUUUUUUAAUCUAACAAAAAUGGAAAUGUUACAUGAUGACAAGAUGUGGGAAAACCAUUUAUACCUUUAAUUUGUUUUGCUAAUAAAAUAAACAUACUUGACCAAACAAAUCUAAGCCUCACCAGCUUCACUUUGUCUUGCUUUUCUUU